AUGGAACGAAGUCUACUGCAGUGCACGCGUUCUUUCUCAAGAUGUAUAGCUCAAACUUCAUGUCGCAAUCCGCCAAAACAGAUACGCUUGGCGAUCGCAUCGGCACGACAAGCACGCUCUUUACACACAACACGCCCCGCCCUCCUCCAAUCCAAACCUCCCAAAUCGCGCGAUCGCGGCCCCAAGAGCAACGAAGACACACAAACCGACUUCAGCGCUCUUGACGUGCUACGAAAUACCGUUGCGCCUGCCACAUCAAUCGAUGCCUGCACGGGCGAUGGCUUCGCGCUCAACAACCAGAUGCGUAUAAGUGGUUGUGGAAUCCUCUUAAUAGGCGGUGAAGCGUAUCGAUGGCGACCCUGGUUACGUCCAGGAAGAAAGGAAGGCACUAUUGCUGAAGGAGGCACAGGUGAUGACGUGAUGACGGGCAAACUGCUGAAUGCAAAGGGACAGUGGGAAGUGCAGGAGCAGGCUUGGGGAGUGCUGGAGUUGCUAUAUCCGAAGCCUGACCUGCUCAUCAUCGGUACCGGUCCCAAUACUAUCCCUCUUGCGCCUGCGGUUCGCAAAUACCUCAACGACCUGGGUAUACGACUAGAGGUUCAGGAUACGAGGAACGCGGCAGCGCAGUUCAACCUGCUUGCGACGGAGAGGGGCGUAGGACAGGUUGCUGCCGCGCUCAUACCUUUUGGCUGGAGAGAGGGUCGAGGAAUCUCGGGGUAG